AUGCCUCGUCUCCCUCAAAUCACCCGCCUGCUGCGCAAAUCUGCGCCUAUCGCCAGAGUUUCGCUCUCGCCUGCCCAGGUCGCAUGUCUGCACCAGCAGGGACCGUCCCGCUCUACGGUCGUUCACGAGCGAGCACUGCCAUCCGAAUCACAAUCCCAAUCACAGUCUCAACCCAAGCAUAUAGCUCCAGUAUCGCAAACAGACCCAGACAAGAUAGACGCAGUUGUGUCGCAAAUACCCCUUGUCCAAGCCCUGCGCCAAUCCCAUCAAACCUAUAAAGAAUCACGACCUCAUCUCGCUAUCCCUCCCGAACUCCGACAACACCACUUCAUAGGUGGAAGUCUAGCAGGGACAGGCAAGCUGGCUCUUGCGCCGUAUCUGUGGAUAUCAUCUCCAGGCGAAAAGGCGACGAACGCAAAGGCCGAGUCAACAAGUCAGACCGGUGCAAGCAGCCUCGUCUCCGUAUUUCAUAUUGGUCGCGAUCUAUGCGGGCACCCUGGUUAUGUCCAUGGUGGUCUCCUAUCUGUCUUAUUAGACGAGGCUUUUGCCCGUUGUGUCUCUGCUGCGUUUCCCAGUGGGCUGGGUAUGACGGCAAACUUGAAUGUUGAUUUCCGAAAGCCUGCUAUACCGGAUCGCAUAUAUAUUCUGCGUGCUGAGACUGUUAAAGUUGAUGGGCGGAAGGCUUGGGUUGAAGGUCGCUUGACUUGUCUACCGUUGUCGUUGCCCACACCUAUUGAUGCAAGGAACCUGGUUGUUGAUCUUGCUUUGUUGAGCGAAGACAGUGAAGGUGCCGCUAUGGUUGCUGAGGCGAAAGCUUUAUUUAUCGAACCCAAGUUUGCCAGCUCUAUGGUGUCUGUUUACGGAAGCUAA